GCGGAGCCUCGGGGCGUGGCCCCGCCCACGACGAGGCUUUGGCCCGCCCACGACGCGGCUUUGGCCCGCCCCGCGCGGCGCCGCGGCUGUCGGCCCGAAGACGUUCGCUCAGCCUCUGGGCCCAUCCAUGCGCCUUCCCGGCAGAGCCAUGGCCACUUUCCGCUUGGCCCUCAUCCAGCUUCAUGUUUCUCCCAUCAAAUCGGAUAACCUCACUCGAGCUUGUGGCCUUAUCCGGGAGGCAGCAAAGCAAGGAGCCAAGAUAGUUUCUCUGCCAGAAUGCUUUAAUUCUCCAUAUGGCACAAAAUAUUUUCCUGAAUAUGCAGAGAAAAUUCCUGGUGACUCCACACAGAAGCUUUCUGAAGUAGCAAAGGAGUGCAGCGUGUUUGUCAUUGGAGGUUCCAUCCCGGAAGAGGAUGCCGGGAGAUUAUAUAACACCUGUGCCGUGUUUGGGCCUGAUGGAACUUUACUGGUAAAGCACAGAAAGCUUCAUCUGUUUGACAUUGAUGUUCCUGGGAAAAUCACAUUUCAAGAAUCUAAAACACUGAGUCCUGGUGAUAGUUUCUCCACAUUUGAUACUCCUUACUGCAGAGUGGGCCUCGGCAUCUGCUAUGACCUCCGCUUUGCAGAGCUGGCACAAAUCUACGCGCAGAGAGGCUGCCAGCUGUUGGUAUAUCCUGGAGCUUUUAAUUUGACCACCGGACCAGCUCACUGGGAGUUGCUUCAGCGAGGCCGUGCUGUUGACAAUCAAGUGUAUGUGGCCACAGCAUCUCCUGCCCGGGAUGACAAAGCGUCCUAUGUCGCCUGGGGACACAGUACCGUUGUGACUCCUUGGGGGGAGGUCCUUGCCCAAGCUGGCACUGAAGAAACGAUUGUGUAUUCAGACAUAGACCUGAAGAAGUUGGCUGAAAUACGCCAGCAAAUCCCCAUUUUUAGCCAGAAGCGAUCAGACCUCUAUGCAGUGGAAGCAAAAAAGCCCUAAUGUUUGUUCUCAAUGUGCCAUGAAACAGAAGAUAUGUUUCUGCAACAUUAUCAACUCCCUGCCGAAUUCUUUUAAUGGAGAUUCUUUUCUUUCUUUUUUUUAAAUUUCAGCCUUUUCUCUUCCUGGGAAGGGAGUCUGAGAUGAUAGAGCUGAUGGAGCAUCAACUGACGCUGAUACUCUCCACACCACAGUGAACAGUCACAAAGGACUCGGCUGGCACUGAAGGGCAGGAGGAGGGAUGGCUGUAAACCUUCUGUACUUGAGGUGCCUCAAAGCAGUUAGUAAAGUAUCAGAUCUUGGUAUCCUGGUGGUUCUUGGUAUCCUGGUGGUUAAUCACCUGAUACAUUGCUGGAGUUGGAAUCAUUAUGUAUAAAACUUGGUCUGGUGCUACUCUUCUUUGAGCAGCACCUAAGCAUUACGUUUUGGUCUGUGAGUAGCUGUGGGAAGCAAGGUGAUGUUUGUUAGAGGAGAUAGUAGCCCCACCCUUCCUAGCAGCCUCUGGGCUCUUCAAAUUCAAGAAGGAGCUAAUGAUUCAGAGCCCCCUGGUCUUAGGGGAAACACUGUUUCAGCCAUAAGCCCCCUGGGAGAAUGGCUGUGGCAUAAUUUGGUCAAGGCCAGUGAAGUGUGAGUCUCUGCCAGAGAUUUUCUCAAGAUAAGUGUCUGAAAGUCUUUCUUCUUGCUUUCUCCCUGGUAACACUUUUAGCUUCGUAAAGGCCAGUUUUUAGCCUAAUGGUUCUCAGAGUCCUUUUACACAAUUAAAAAUUAAUUCCAUUGAGCUUUUGUUUAUGUAUGUUAUAGCUAGUGGUGAACUGGUAAAUGUUUAACAACCAGCUGUCGGAGAAAAAGUCGAUUUUGUGGUAGCAUUUGCCAAUUUCCACGGCGUACUUACUACCAAACUCAAGUGAUCAAUGUAACACCUCAACACAGAGCUGGGAAUAGGUGCGCAGUCAGCACUUGUGUGCUGGUACAGUUCUGCUCUAGCACACUGCUGUUUACAUCUGUAUGGAUAUUUACCAUAUUGGAAAA